AUGGAAAUUGACACAGGAGCCGCGGUCAUUAUUUGCUCGGAGAAGGUGUAUACUGAUCAUCUCUCGCAAUUGUCCUUGCAAAAGCCCACGGUCAAGCUGAAAGACUAUGGUGGCGUGAACGUGCCAUUACGCGGUGAGGUAACCGUUCCAGUGACAUACGGAAAUCAGAGCCAUAACUUGUUGUUGCGCGUCGCAUGUGGCAACCGUCUUUCGUUGUUGGGUCGGAACUGGCUAAGCCACAUCAAGCUCGAUUGGCCAAGUAUAUUUACUGUGACCCAGUCAGUGCAGUCGCAGCGCAUUGAUACGUCGGUCAAGGAACUGUUGGUCAAGCAUCACAAGCUGUUCCAGAAAGGUCUGGGAACGAUACAGAAAUUUAAGGCUCUAGUAAAGGUUUGGUCGGAUGUACAGCCCAUUUUCUGUAAGGCCCGGGUGGUGCCUUUUUCCCUAAAGGAAGCCUUAGAGAAGGAGCUUCAUAGACUUGAAAAUGAAGGCAUUGUGUUGCGAGUCGAACAAAGCGAUUGGGCGACUCCAGUUGUCAUUGUGCCGAAGGCCGAUAAGUCAAUACGCCUUUGUGGCGACUUCAAGGUGACUGUAAACAAGUGCUUGGAUGAACAACAGUAUCCACUUCCGAAUGUGGAAGACAUGUUUGCACAGCUGGCCGGUGGUCAGAAGUUUACGAAGUUGGAUUUAUCGCAGGCGUACCAGCAGUUAACAUUAGACGAGGCCUCAGAGAAAUAUUUAACCAUAACCACACACCCUGGAUUAUUCAGGUAUCAUCGGUUACCGUUCGGUGUUGCAUCGGCCCCCGCUAUCUUUCAGUCAGUCAUGGAUCAGAUAUUGCAGGGAGUACCGCAUACCAUGUGUCGUAUCGACGAUAUCCUGGUUACGGCACCAAGCGACAGUGAACACAUCAAGAUCUUAGGUGAAGUGUUGCGUAGACUCGAGGAGCACCACGUCCGUCUACGCGAGGACAAGUGUAAGUUCAUGGAGGACACCGUCGAGUAUAUGAGUAAUAUGGUGGAUCGCGAGGGAAUCCAUUCCACUGAGGCGAAAAUCGAAGCGAUCAAGAACGCGCCAAGUCCGACAAAUGUGUCUGAACUGAAAUCAUUUUUAGGACUUUUGAACUAUUAUGGUCAGUAUAUGUCGAAUCUGUUGACCAAGUUGCAGCCUUUGCACGAGCUUUUGCGACAGGAUAAGUCCUGGAACUGGACCUUACAGUGCGAGUGCGCGUUUCGGUCGUGUAAGGACCAGUUGUCAAGUGAUCGCAUGUUGGUUCAUUACGACAUGAACAAGCCGCUACGGUUAGCGUGCGAUGCAUCUGCUUAUGGGGUCGGAGCUGUGAUCUCCCACAUUUGUGACAACGGAGAGGAGCGUCCCAUUGCAUACGCGUCACGAACUCUAUCGGCGAGUGAAAAGAAUUACGCUCAGGUGGAGAAGGAAGCGUUGGGUCUGGUGUUCGGUGUCCGGAAGUUUCACAAUGACGGGAAGUCGGAGGAAUUGGAGGUCUACCACUUCACUCAGUUGAAUGACUUACCAGUGACAUCUGAGGACGUUGCGAAGGGGACGAGAGGUGAUGUAGUGCUGUUGAAGGUACUUGACUAUACACUGCGAGGUUGGCCUAAUUAUGUGUCAGAUCGCGACCUGCAACCAUUUCAUCAGCGCAGGAAUGAACUGUCUACUGAGCAGGGUUGUGUGUUGUGGGGUUUGCGUGUAAUCAUCCCACAAGCCUAUCGUGAGCGUAUUCUGGCCCAACUACAUGAACAGCAUGUUGGAAUGAGCCGGAUGAAAUCUCUAGCCCGGAGUUAUCUGUGGUGGCCUGGCCUGGAUAAAGACAUCGAAACAGUGGUCAGUGCCUUUAAUGCAUGUCAGGCUACGAGGAAAAUGCCCCUGGUGGCACCCCUUCACUCCUGGUCAUGGCCUACUCAUGUUUGGCAGCGUGUCCACAUAGACUUUGCGGAGAAAGACGAGAUAUUUUCUUGUGGUUGUGGACAGUCACUCUAA